AUGUUUGAAGCUAGAUUACAAAAUGCUAUGCUAUUUAAAAAAAUAGCAGAAGCUCUCAAAGAGCUUUGCCAUGAUAUCAACAUAGAUUGUGAUAGUGACGGGUUACAUCUUCAAGCAAUGGACUCUUCACAUGUGGCCUUAGUCUCUUUAAAUAUACAACCGGAUGCAUUUGAACACUAUAGAUGUGAUAGACCAGUAGUUCUUGGUUUGGACAUGCAACAACUCUCCAAGUUUAUGAAAUUCUGUGACAAGGAUACAAGCAUGACUCUCAAAAAAUAUGAUGAUAAUGAGGAUAACAGAAUCACUAUGUGCUUUGAGGAUAAUAGUGGUAUUCUUUCAUCAAAAGAAUGUACAUUAAGAUUAAUGGAUAUUGAACAAGAACACAUUUCAAUUCCUGAAGAAGAAUAUGAAUGUAAUGUUACAAUGCCUUCAAACUUAUUUCAAUCAAUUGUUAGAGACAUGUCAGGCAUUGGAGAUGAAGUCAGUCUUGAAAUUAGUGGAAAAUAUAUCAAAUUUUGUGUUGAUGGUGAUGAUGGAAAAAUUGAUCUCAAUUUCCCUCUUAAUGAUAGCCCAGAUGAAACUAAAGCAGUACAAAUUCAAGCUGAUGACACAAUUUCUCAAAAAUACGCUCUUAGAUAUCUCUCUUAUUUCACGAAAGCUUCUCCUCUAAGUUACAAUUUCCUCUAA